CAGGUUUCCGGAAUGGAUGAGAUCUCGGUAUCCCAAAGCUUUGAAAAAUUUUGAAGAGAAUGCGGAUUUAUUGUCAACGCCGUUCGAUGUUCACGAAACUCUGGCGGACAUUUUGCAUUUCAAGUCUUUGGACUUCGAUACCAAGAUUGAAGAUGAUGAUGGAUCCAUGCCCCGAGGCAUCAGUUUAUUCAGACGCGUCCCCAGGGGCAGGACUUGCACGGAUGCGGCCAUUGAAGCCCAUUGGUGCGCAUGCCUUCAGUGGGAACCACUGGAAACUGAAUCGAACCAGGCGAGAGACGUUGCGAAUGCCGUUCUCAAAGUGAUCAACGAGUACAAUGCGCAGCAAUUGACGCAGUUUCGGGCCACGCCUGGCGUGGAGCAGGACAUGUGCGCAAUUUGGCAGCUAGCGAAAGUCGUGUGGGCCACCAGAUUUGCUAGCAACUCGAAAAUUUUGCAAUUUUCGAAAACCAAGGAUGCUGAUCAUUUCCACGCGAAGCUUGACGCCUCAACGAAGCCAGCUGUAGAAAUUUAUCAGAUCUCUUUGACAGCUGAACCCGGAAAUGGUCAAUUUGAAGCCACUGCCCAUUUCAAUGUAGAAAAUAAAUCUUACAAAAUCGAGAUAUCUCAUGUCAGUAGGAUAAACAAAUACGGAACACAAGCCGGUUGUGUUGUUGAUCAACUGCAUCAGCUACGGCAAUUCUGCAAUUGUUUGAAGGGGUAACUUGAGUCCUUCGCGACAUCUAUGAAUCACCUGCAAAACUUAUUUCCUUACCGUCCGCAAACAUUCGCUACGAAAUUGUUGCCGAACAUGCAUACGAGCAUCCAUGUACAGUGCUGUAUAUUGGAGGUGGAAUGUACAGUUUUCAUCUGAAUUACUUCUCUGCGGAAUGCUACUCAUCUUCGUUGAUACAUUCGUCUACAUUACUUGUCACAGUCAGCCGUAAUAUACAUGCAUGACCAUUAUCAGAGGUCGAGAAGUACUUGAUGAGGAUUUUUUGAGUGUUCAUGUCACCAUAUCAAUGUUAUCAGCUGCACUGCUGCUGGCUUCGAAAAUUAAUCCUUAUAUUCGUCUGGACUUUGGAGUGAUUCGCAGUUGCUAAACCGUAUCGAUGUCAAGCAUGAAAAUACUGUACUGUACGUUAUUGGACACCUUUGAAGAGCAAUAACAUGAUUGCGUGUGUGUAUAUAUAUAUAGUGUCAUAAAUUGCAUUGGCGAAGAAAACUCUUUUCUCUUAUUCUUCGUCGCAACUCCAACCCGCCGUGUCGCUAACACGCGUUCUUUCCCGACGACGAAAGCUCUUUGGCACAAAAACCGUGUUUUUUGCAUGCGCACUGAAGAAAAACGCAGAAUGACGCAUGAGUCAGUGAAGUUAAAGUAAUCCGCUUGUUUUUGUCCUCAAACCACAG